GUAUCAAUCAUCUGAACAGCUAUGGGGAAUUCGCGCGUUACCAAGUUUUCGAUUUUCCCCCCAAGUCAAAAACAUAUGUUUCUGCUGUGAUCGUUUGGCAUUAAGAGUUGCCUAAGUUCUCAAAAAUUCUCAAAGAUUUUUUUUCAUUUAUUUAAGCAUUAAAAUGCAAGAUUCGUUGGAGGAUUACCUGAGGAUAUCUAAAAAUACUAAGGAGACCGAAACUAUCAGAAUAAGCAAGGAAAUUCAAGCCACGGCACAACGUAAAAAAGAUUGCGACGCUCGUGCUAUGAAGAUAGUUGAGUUUUCCAUUGAAGGUAAAUUACGUCCCGAAGUUUUUACCAAAUGCUUGCCGUUUAUUACCCAAGAACAUUACCAAGACAUUGUCGAAGAGCGAGCUAUAACCAAACUUUGUGGUUAUUCUGUGUGCGGCAAAAAAAUUCCAGAAAUGCCCAACAAACAGUAUUUUAUUUCCACAAAGAGUAACAAGGUGUACGACAUUACUGAGAGAAAGAAUUUCUGCAGUAACUUCUGUUACAAAGCCAGCAUGCACAUCAAAAGGCAAAUAGACAACAGCCCUUUGUGGUUGAGAAAGCUGGAAGACAUUCCUGAAUAUAGUUUGCUGAACUCAUCCGAUGAGGGUCUACCUGGUGAAUACAUUGACCAAGGCUUAAUCAAGCCACCAACACGUGAGCAAUAUUUUACGUCAAUUUCUUCCUUUACGCAGGCGUCUUUGGAUGAUUUGACUGACCGAGAAAUAAAGGCGGGAAAAUCCAAACGGGAUCGGCCCAAACACGCGAAAAAAUGCUCUCGGUUAAAGUCCACCAUGCAAACAAUCAGAGAAACCGAAACAGAGGUAGUGGAAGAAGAAACUGUAGUGUCAGUGUCAAAAAGUGAGGUUAGGACCAAAACACACAAAAAAGAGACUCACAAAAAGAGCGCGUGCGUCGUUAACUUACCGGCUAUCGAGGAGAACGAAGAGAAGAUCGAUCAACGUGAACCGGAAGAAUCGGCAAGAGAAGAAAUGAAGAAAAACAAAAAAAAGGUAACCAGAGCGAAGCUGGAUGUCGAGGGGAUUGUAAGACGGGCGUUGGACGACUGGCUGACUUUGGAGACAUGUAUUUUCAUACACGGUGAAGAAAAGGUGAAAGCGGUUCUGGAUGAAGAAAAACUAAGUGCUUACUUCGAGACUUUGAAAGUGAUGGAGCUGCAAUGGGACCAACAAAAGAGAUACAUGGAUGUAUGUCGGCGAUUGCAACUUCAAGAAAUGGCCGACGAAAAGUUUGACAGCGCUGUCGUGGGCGACUCGAAACUGAUGCCUCUCCCAGACUACAAACGAUUGAAGGAAGAAAGUAAAGAUAUGCAUUUGAAGGUUAAGUCGUUCUUCGAGGGCGGUCUCUAUGAAAAAAAAGAUACAAACUUCCCACAGUCAAAGGACGGUGUGGGUGUAGAGGAGGUGUCGCCGGUGCUGCCACCAGUCGACGCAAAUUCCCAUCAUUUAAUCCGAAGAAAGAUAUUUUUGAGUUCCUUAAAUAAGGCAAUGCAUCAACUGUUGCAAUCGCUUGGAGUCACGUAUUUUUCUUCGACGUUAUCAGACGUUCAAAGUCUGGUGAAAACCUUUCGUUUGAGCGCCGGUAAUGUAACUUUUAAGCCGGUUAUAUGGAAUUACAUUGCAGUGGUGCUUUUGCAUUUGUUAUCCUUAAGGGAUCAAUCUGUUAAAUCCGUGCUCCAAGAGAAACGGUCUCAAGAAUAUAUCAAACUAGUGACGUCACCGCAGGGCAAAAAUAAUUUUCUCGACGAAAUUUUAUGUAAUGUGCAAAACGUGGAACUGUUUGUUCAGCAAUACAUAACUUCCAGUAAAAAUGUGUGAUCUCAGUAUGUAAUUAUAAUUAUUUAACAUGUAUGAAGUGUUU